AUGGAGGAGAUUUCAUGGUGCCAGAAAUCUCGGGCUUUAUGGCUCAAAGAAGGAGACCAGUUGGGGAUGGUUUCUUUGCGAGUUCUCGAGACUAAUGACGAGAGCGGAGGAUUUGGGUUUUAUCAGGGGCUUCAGAGUGGGCAGAAAUGUAGCUCAUCAGACGAAGAUCUCCCUUUUGUUGUUUGCGAGAAAGUUAGCAGAGGUAGUGAUGACAUCUUGUGGGUUCCUUCCUCCCAUGAAAGAUUUGGUGUUCGGUCCAUGUUCCUAUGCCUUUCCAACUUUGUUGGUCCUGCUUUCCCAUGGAAGACUAUAUGGUGCUCCAAGGCUCCACUUACAGUAGCAUUCUUUGUUUGGAUUGUCGUCUGGAAAAAGAUCUUGAUGUUGGACAACUUGAGGAAGAGCGGCAACACUAUCGUUAAUUGGUGUUGUCUAUGCAAACGAGACGAGGAGUCUGUGGAUCACAUUUUUAUGCACUGUCCUACGGCGUACGAUUGUUGGAACCUCAUAUUUGAUAUAUUUGGUAUACAUUGGGUAAUGCCUCAGUCUUCCAAAGGACUGAUUAACGCGUGGAGAGGAUGCCUAGUGAGAAGCCACGCUCGCGAUUAUUGGAGGAUAGUUCCACACUUUGUUUGGUGGUGCAUAUGGAAAGAGAGGAACAAUAGAAUUUUCAAAGGAAAGGAAUCGCCCUUGGCGACCUUAAAACUUCAUAUUCUUCGCUCUAUUUUUUGUUAUGUGAAAGGAAGCGCUUGUUCCUCUACUGAUAACUUAGUUGAUCUUUUGGACACUGUAGGUCCUUAG